AAGGCAAUAACUUUUUCCCCUCAUUAUUUCAUUUACAGUUCAAUUUAACGCCAAAAGUUUUUUUCCCCAAAUGGAAUUGGAGAGUGGGUUUUACUCGGCUUGGGAGAGUGGAUUUUUAUCGGAAGAUGGUGAUGAUCAACUGAAAGCAGCGGCAUCACUCCCAUUAAUCCCUCAGCCACAAACACCGAAGGAGCCGAUGGAGUUUUUGUCGAGAUCCUGGAGUCUAUCUGCAUCCGAAAUCUCCAAGGCUCUUGCCCAGAAACAAAAACAGUUUGAGUUUGAUACUGUUAAUCAGAGUUCGUCUCCUGAUUCCUUUGUUGCUCCACAAAUUGCAGGGAAAGUGAUGAACUCUAUUAAUGCUCGAAGAACAGGAGCAAUUGGGAAAUGGUUUCAUCACCACAAGGAAUUAGGAACCAGCACAGGCACAGUGAAGAAGAAAGAUAAAAUGCGCGCAGAAAAUGCUCGGCUGCACUCGGCUGUUUCCAUUGCAGGACUAGCCGCAGGCUUGGCUGCAGCAGCCGCCGCCGGCUCCUCCAAUAGCGGCGACGGAGCCUCCACGGGCUCAAAAAUGAGCAUGGCAUUGGCAUCCGCCACGGAACUUCUAGCAUCCCAUUGUAUCGAAUUAGCAGAGCAGGCGGGGGCUGACCAUGACCGAGUUGCUUCAGUUGUUAAAUCAGCAGUGGACAUUCAAAGUGCAGGCGAUUUGAUGACUCUCACUGCAGCAGCUGCAACAGCCUUGAGAGGAGAAGCGGCUUUGAAAGCAAGAUUACCCAAAGAAGCGAAGAAAAAUGCAGCUAUAAGUCCUUAUGAGAGGAGUUUGGCAGAGACUCAUUGGGCUUCUGAUUUUCAUGCUCCAAUGGACCAGAAUCCUCCGUGCCAGGGUGAACUACUGCAACACACACGAAAAGGUGUGUUGAGAUGGAAAAGGGUGAAUGUAUACAUCAACAUGAAAUCUCAGGUCAUGAUUAAGCUCAAAAGCAAACACGUUGGCGGAGCAUUCUCCAAGAACAAUAAAUGUAUUGUUUAUGGAGUGUGUGAUGAGAGUUGUGCAUGGCCAUAUAGAAAAGAAAGGGAAAGUUCAGAGUCAGAGGAAGUGUAUUUUGGGGUGAAGACAGGGCAAGGUCUUAUAGAGUUCAAGUGUAAAAGCAAGAUCCAUAAGCAGAAAUGGGUUGAUGCCAUUCAAACUCUGCUGCGACAGGUCUGCUAUGCUGAAGCAGUUCAACUUUCUAUGGACUCUUUGACUAUUAAAGACACUGUAUAAUACUAAUAUUUUCAUAGUAUAUAGUUUAAAUAUACACAAUAAAAAUUCGGGUUGUUUAAA